AUGUCGUCUGAUGAAAUUAUUCCAGGAGACAUCGUCGCUGUACAGCACGCUUUUUCGGGCCGCCGUGAGGGCCUAGUCAUCGGCUCCCAUUUUGAUUACGCAGGCCGUCAAAUAGUCGAAGUCCAGCUUGACGGCGGUGAGGUGUACCAGGCCUGGUACCCGACCGUCACCCGCGUUAAGCGCACAAUUUCCUACUCCCGUCCUUCAUAUGUCAAGCCCAGGACCAUCGAACGUCGGGUUUACUGGUGA